ACCACUGAGACGGCGGCAGCGCCGGAGCGGCGGCGGCGGCGGCAGCAGUCUCUGCUGCCCCGACUUCCUGAGAAAUCUCAAUGAACUAUUUGUAGAGAAUCACUGAUCCGGCCUGCAAGAUUUUCUUUUCUUUUUGCACGGCAGAAACAUCGAUCAGUGUCUGAAGAUCACAUUUUAUAUGCGAUCUUGACUUUUCCCCCCCUGUUGGCAUCACAUUAUAUUUUUAUAGGUUUUGUUAUAACCAUGGUGCUGGGGAAGGUGAAGAGUUUGACGAUAAGCUUUGACUGUCUCAAUGACAGCAAUGUCCCCGUGUACUCUAGUGGGGACACGGUCUCAGGAAGGGUGAAUUUAGAAGUUACCGGGGAAAUUCGAGUGAAAUCUCUGAAGAUUCACGCAAGAGGACACGCCAAAGUGCGCUGGACGGAAUCGAGAAACGCCGGCUCCAACACCGCCUAUACGCAGAAUUACACCGAGGAAGUCGAGUAUUUCAACCACAAAGACACGCUCAUCGGGCCCGAGAGAGAUGAGGACCAUCCUGAAGAAGGUUUCCACACCAUCCAUUCGGGCAGGCACGAGUACGCAUUCAGCUUCGAGCUUCCACAAACACCACUUGCUACCUCAUUCGAAGGCCGGCAUGGCAGUGUGCGCUAUUGGGUGAAAGCCGAACUGCACAGGCCUUGGCUUCUACCAGUAAAAUUAAAGAAGGAAUUUACAGUCUUUGAGCAUAUAGAUAUCAACACUCCUUCAUUACUGUCACCCCAAGCAGGCACAAAGGAAAAGACCCUGUGCUGCUGGUUCUGUACCUCAGGCCCAAUAUCCUUAAGCGCCAAAAUCGAGAGGAAGGGCUACACCCCAGGCGAGUCCAUCCAGAUCUUCGCAGAGAUCGAGAACUGCUCGUCACGCGUGGUGGUCCCCAAGGCGGCCGUCUACCAGACGCAGGCCUUCUACGCCAAGGGCAAGAUGAAGGAGGUCAAGCAGCUGGUGGCCAACCUGCGUGGGGAGUCGCUGUCGUCCGGGAAAACUGAGACGUGGGACGGACGGCCGCUCAAGAUCCCGCCGGUGUCGCCCUCCAUCCUGGACUGCAGCAUCAUCCGCGUGGAGUAUGCGCUCAUGGUGUACGUGGACAUUCCCGGCGCCAUGGACUUGUUCCUGAACUUGCCGUUGGUCAUCGGCACCAUCCCCCUGCACCCGUUCGGCAGCCGGACCUCCAGCGUCAGCAGCCAGUGCAGCGCGAACAUGAACUGGCUGGGCCUGGCGCUGCCCGAGCGGCCUGAAGCACCGCCCAGCUACGCGGACGUGGUCACCGAGGAGCAGCGGCGCAGCAACCUGGCGCCCGGCAGUGCCUGUGAGGACCUGGAGCGUGCGCUGCAGGGCCCGCUGUUCGCCUACAUCCAGGAGUUCCGCUUCCUGCCGCCGCCGCUCUACUCCGAGGUGAGGGGCGCUGCACGCCUGUGAGGGCCGCGGUGUGGGGCACAGCCGUGAGCUUGAGGCCCGAUGGCAGGGUGCCAGGGUUCCACCCUGACGGAGGAGGUGCGUCCCUGCGGAAAUGAAGUAAUGGUCUGACUUCGUGUUGGAUCUUUUCAUUUAUUUAUAUGUAGAUCUUAUAUGUUAAGACAUCAGUGAAAAAAGCCGGCAUUUUGGGAGCAUUGAUUAAGCAGAACUUACCUUGCACGUGAUCCCCUCCACCCCCCGCCCCAUGGAUCGAACUCGGGACCUUGCACUGGCCAGGCAGGUGCGGUGCCACUGAGCCACGUCCCGGGCCAGCAGUUAAAGUUAACAUUCUUAUCACGGAAAAUAGCGCAUUCCUGCACUGCUGGGCUCCUCCCGAGAGAGAGCAUCUGUGUGCUCACAGGAGUGGGCUCUGCCCGCUCACCUGGGAGCACAGGUGCACAGGAGGGAAAAGUACACCUCGGAGCAGUGUCUUAGGUCAGCAAUGCUGAGAACGCUGCCGCUGCCGGAACCCUGAGGACAGCGGAUGCAGCGGUCCAGGGUUUCCACAAAGACCGAGGCGGUACUACAUGUUUUGUGGGCCUUUGAAGUUGGCCUUAAAGCAUUAUCGUUUUGCAGGUCCUGGGUACUAGCUUGUUCUUUGGUUUACUGUGGUUUAUGCUGUUUUGCAACACCGUAGUCCGUAGUCAAUUGGGCAAGAAGGGGAACUGUUUUUACUCGAUGUUUUUUU